GCUGGGUGGAGGGAGUGAGUAAGGGAUAGAAAUAGGGAGGGGUAGAUGGAGGGAGUGAGUAAGGGAUAGAAAUAGGGAUGGGUGGGUAGAUGGAGGGUGUUGUACUCUAGAAGUGUAGAUGUGUGGACAGACACCACCAGUCCUUGUUCUGUAGGUACAGACUGUUUUCAGUUACUUGGAAUGGUGUUACCUCAGCCCUACAGGCCUCCAUUACCUCAGCCCUACAGGUCUCCAUUACCCCUACCCAUGGUGUUACCUCAGCCCUACAGGUCUCCAUUACCCAUGGUGUUACCUCAGCCCUACAGGUCUCCAUUACCUCAGCCCUACAGGUCUCCAUUACCUCUACCCAUGGUGUUACCUCAGCCCUACAGGUCUCCAUUACCCAUGGUGUUACCUCAGCCCUACAGGUCUCCAUUACCUCAGCCCUACAGGCCUCCAUUACCCCUACCCAUGGUGUUACCUCAGCCCUACAGGUCUCCAUUACCCAUGGUGUUACCUCAGCCCUACAGGUCUCCAUUACCUCAGCCCUACAGGUCUCCAUUACCUCAGCCCUACAGGCCUCCAUUACCCCUACCCAUGGUGUUACCUCAGCCCUACAGGUCUCCAUUACCCAUGGUGUUACCUCAGCCCUACAGGUCUCCAUUACCUCAGCCCUACAGGUCUCCAUUACCUCAGCCCUACAGGCCUCCAUUACCCCUACCCAUGGUGUUACCUCAGCCCUACAGGUCUCCAUUACCCAUGGUGUUACCUCAGCCCUACAGGUCUCCAUUACCCCUACCCAUGGUGUUACCUCAGCCCUACAGGUCUCCAUUACCCAUGGUGUUACCUCAGCCCUACAGGUCUCCAUUACCCCUACCCAUGGUGUUACCUCAGGGCUCCAUUACCCCUACCCAUGGUGUUACCUCAGGGCUCCAUUACCCCUACCCAUUGACAUUACCUGGUCAGACGAGGGCUUAUUGAGUUCUUUAGCCAGACAGUAAAUCGCUGUACACACCAUGGUCAACUAUUUCAGUGUUGUUAUUUUUAUAAUAUUAGCCUGGUUGUCAGUGGAACUGUCCAGUGCUGCAGCAUGUUAGUGUACAGACCACUGUUAUGUCAGCUGUUAUACCAGCUGUGUGUGCUGUUAUACCAGCUGUGUGUGCUGUUAUACCAG